GCCAAGACGACCUCCAAAGAAAACAACCACCAGAAGUGUAACAAGAGCUGCAAAAGAAAAAGCUGCAGCAGAAGCUGCUGCUCAAACCGAUGCAACCUUUAUAGAUGGAAUGGAAGCUGACGGAUCAUACGAGGUAGAAACAACAUAUUCCCCUUCACAAAUAGAAAUUGAAGAAAGCGAAGAAGUUGACGACACUUCAACUAUGGAUCCUAUUCCAUCAGCAGAAUCGUCGUCUUCUGAAAGUAGCUUUCCAGCUCCAGUGAAUCUUCAUCUUGUACCAAGGCCCUUUAAAAAUCCUUAUUAUAAAACUCCAAAAAAAUUUAAAACACUUAAACAAAUUCUAGUUGCUGAAAGAAAUUUAAAUACACCUUUAGAUGUACCAACUUCACCGCCUUCAAUUAGACCGCAAAAGAAAUAUUGUGAUAUUACGGGAUUAGAAGCUAAAUAUACGGAUCCAAAAACGCGUCUUCGAUAUCAUUCUGCAGAGGUAUAUAAAGAAAUUAAACAGUUGGCGCCUGGUGUCAUCCAAGAUUAUCUUGGACUAAGACAUGCUGCGGUUGUAUUAAGAUAA